CUCACAUUUACGCAUGAUAUGACAAGGAAAACUCAAUGCUUAUUUUGCAAGUGUGAGAGAAAGUGGAAAAAUAUGUUUUGGAAUUGAAGCACAAUACCUUUUAACCUUUUGGCAUGGAUGUAUUUUUCAACUAGUUGGUUGACAGGCUUACUUCCCAUAGUAUUAUAUACUAGCCUACUACCGUGUAAUAGCCUACUGAUUCGGUUAUAGGCCUACGUGUAGUGGGUAGGUUACUUUAUAAAUUAAUUGUUUUCUCUCUACUCGACAUAUUCAGAGAACUGAAAAUGGAAAAUGUUACUGAAGCUCAAGAAAAUCAGACUUGGGGGACUUGGACGGACCAAAUAAUCGAAUACAAAGUCGUGAGCACUUUGUUAGUUUUCGUGAUAUGCGCCUUUGGGAUCGUUGGUAAUGUUAUGGUGAUCUUAGUGGUGCUUACCACUAAACACAUGAGGACACCCACCAACUGCUACCUGGUGAGCUUGGCCGUUGCAGAUCUCAUCGUACUAACUGCGGCGGGCUUACCGAAUAUCACUGACAGCAUCUUCGGGUCUUGGGUGUUCGGCCGCUCAGGAUGUCUCGGAAUCACCUACCUCCAGUACCUGGGAAUCAAUGCAUCGUCCUGCUCUAUCACCGCCUUUACCAUCGAAAGGUACAUCGCUAUUUGCCACCCGAUAAAAGCCCAGUUGCUGUGCACACUGUCCAGAGCCAAGAAGAUAAUAUUGUUUGUCUGGGUUUUCACUUUACUUUACUCCGUCAUGUGGUUCUACCUGUCAGAUAUCAAAGAAGAAUCAUAUGAGAACGACGUGACCAUCGUGACAUGCAGCUACAAAGUUUCAAGACAACUCUAUUUGCCCAUUUACUUUUUGGAUUUCGGGAUAUUUUUUGUUGUGCCGCUUAUGCUGGCAACCAUUCUGUAUGGUCUCAUCGCCAGAAUCCUGAUCAUGAAUCCGUUACCUUCUGAACGCAAGGAUAAAAGUAAAAAGGAACAAAGCAACACAACGAGGGGAUGUAAAAACUCCCACCACACCAGCACUACCGCUACUUCUCGGAGACAGGUGACCAAGAUGCUGGCUGUGGUGGUGAUCCUGUUCGCUGUGCUGUGGAUGCCGUACCGCACCCUGGUGGUGGUAAACUCCUUCCUGGAGCAGGCCUACAUGAAUACCUGGUUUAUCCUCUUCUGUCGGAGCUGUGUCUACAUCAACAGCGCAAUCAACCCCAUCAUCUACAAUGCUAUGUCGCAGAAGUUCCGUGCCGCCUUCCGCAAGCUCUGCCUCUGUGGACGGAAAGGCUCUGAGAAGCCUACCGGCGGCACGUCCAGCGUGGCGCUGACCUACAGCGUGGUCAAGGACACAUCUAUGGUGGAGACUACGGACCAAUUCAACACAGAGCUGGACGAGAUCAUGGUAACCUGUGAGUUGCCUGACAAGAAGAUGGUGUUUCAGGACACCUGUGUGCACGACAAGGUGACUUUAUGCAAUGACUGAUGUUGUAAGGUUCGAGGUUCAGGGUUCAGUCACUGAAGAUGACAGCUCUUCUAAGCCUUGAGGGAUGUGCUGAGGCCCCAGGAAUUUGACUUGCUCUCAACUGUCCUGUGUCACAGCCAUUUUCACUCACACUGAAGUUGACUAUCAAGAGACCCAAGCUUGACCUUCGGUGAGUAAUUGUAAGGCCCCAUGUACAGUACAAUGUGAAGGCUAUGUGGUGACACAUUACUGUGUUGUGUUUGCUCUUCAGACACAAGUCCCAAGAGCAGACACACGUUUCAAGUGUGUGCUCUUGGGACACGGACAAUGUGAACUGCCCUGGUGUGACUCAAAUUGCACAUUUUCCACUCUUAAUGAGACCUCACUGGCAGGGUCAGAGACAAGCCUCUCUCUUUCUCUCUUUCUCAAACAAGGAAUACAGACUUAUGAGUCUAAGGCCAAUGUCCUUUAUGCAGGCCUAUUUCCACAUUUAGAUUUUUCU